AUGUGCAGAAAGGGUGAAGAUAUUAUUAGCGUCCUUCUCUCUGUACUGAGGCGGCGUGCAGCAGCAGCAGCAGCCAGCCCCGCAGCAGCAGCAGCAGCAGCAGCAGCAGCAGGAAGUUUUCAAGGAAAGACGCUUCUCUUUAGUGGCAUUAGCAGCAGCAGCAGCAGCAGCAAGAGGGGCAUAGCUGAGACACAGGCAGGAGCAGCAGCAGCAGCAGCAGCAGCUGCUGCAGCAGCAGCAGCUCUGAUGGAGGAAGGCACAACACGUUCAUUUGCUGCUGCAGCUGCUGAAACCUCCGCAGCAGCAGCACCAGGGGACUAUCGCCUCGAGCAAACGGAAACAGCAACAACAACAACAGCAGCAGCAGCAGCAGCAGCAGAAGCAGCAGCGGCAGAAGCAGCAGCAGAAACAGCAGCAGAAGCUGGUGCUGGUCCUGAGCGCAAUGCAGCAGAAAUAGAUGCUGCAGCACAGGCAGCGGCUGCAGCAGCAGCAGCAGAUGAAUUGCAGGCCCGUCUAACAGCACGAACAGGAGAAGUCGCCGCUGGUGAAGCUGCAGCACCAGCAGCAGCAGCAGCAGAAGCAGAAGGACCUCCCGAGAGGCUCCCCUUCUUCGGCCGUCGUUUAUACAGCAGCAGCAGCAGCAGCAGCAGCAGCGCAGCACCAACAAACGCCUUCCUUCAGGUUCGCGCUGCGCGGCGGCAGCCAGCAGCAGCAGGGCCUUCAACUGUUAGCAACGAUGGUGCUUUGCUGCUGCUGCAGCAGCACAGCAGCAGCCACAGCAGCAACCCGAGCGGGGAGGAGGUUGUGUCUCUGGUGUUACAGCUGCGGCAGCAGCUGCAGGAGCAGCAGGCUCUGGCUUCUCUCGCGGUGCAGCAGCAGCAGCAGCACCAGAAGCCGCUGCAGCGGCUAGGUGAGCUCCGUCUGUGGCGGCAGCAGCAGCAGCAGCAGCGGCAGCAGCAGCAGCGGCAGCAGCAGCGGCUGCAGCAACGGCUCAGGCGGCAUCUAACAGAGUGCCGUCAUGUGCUUCUGCGUGUUGCUGAUCACACAAUAGGGGAGGUGCAGCAAGAUGCUGCUGCUGCAGCAGCAGCAGCAGCAGCAGCAGCAGGAGGUGCAGCAGCAGGCGCUGCUGCUGGAGGCAGCAGCAGCAGCAGCAGCAGCAGCAACCUCAGCAGCAGCAUGGCAAGCGUGUCUGCUAUGCAGGCAAUAUGUUUGUUUGCGGGGUUAGGCGGUGUGUAUGCUCUCGUUUCAUUAGCAGCAGGAGCUGCAGCACUUCCUGCUGCGCUGCUUCUGGGUGCUUCAGCAGCAGCAGCAGCAGACAUCAAGAGUUUGCUGCACCUCCUCUUCACCGAGUGUUUUUUUCUUCUUAGAGAGUUUGUGCUGCUGCACCCCCCAAUUGCAGAUCAGCUAGCACACAAUGCCGGGCUGCUGCACUGUCUGCUCUCUUGCUUAAUACACCCAGCGACAUGCGAAGCAGCAGAAAUAUUGUUUGAAGACAUUAUAACAGCAAGAGACACGCCACUGUCUCUUGCUGCUUACUCUCCGCCCUGGCUAGCUAACAGCAGCAGCAGCAGCAGCAGCAGCAGCAGCAGUGCUGCAGGCGUCGAGUUUGGCGCUCCAGGCGCCGGAUCUUCCGCAGCAGCAGCAGCAGCAGCAGCAGCAGCUGCUGCUGCUGCUGCUGCUGCUUCUGCAGGGGGAACGCUGCUGCAAGGAAGCUGGGAGCAGCUGCAGCCGAGGCAUGUUGCGCUGCUGGUGAGGCUGCUGACUUUGCUGCUGGUUGAUGCUGACGACCGCCUCGCAUGCAGCAGCAGCUUGUGGCUGCUGCGUCGCCCUCCAGCGCGCAGCAGCUCCCAGGGCACCCCUGCUGCUGCUGCUGCUGCUGCUGCUGCUGCUGCUGCUGCUGCUGAGGAAGAGGAGGAGAAGGAGGAGGCCCGGAAGCUGAUGCCAGCGCUGCCCUACUCGGAGGAGCAACAGCAGCAGCAGCAGCAGCAGCAAUGUGCUGCUGCUGCUGCUUCUCAAGCUCCGCAGGAAGUCCUGGAGGCAAUAGGCAAGGAGAGUGCUGGCGGCUGCGAAGCAGCUAGCAGCAGCAGCAGCACGUGCAGCUGCAGCUGCAACAGCAGCAACAGCAGCAACAGCAGCAACAGCAGAAGCAGCAGAAUGCGACAGAGGUGGAGCCCUUGGCUGCUGCAGCCACUCGGAGAAGCACCGGAGAGCAGAGAGGAGACGCGCAAGAGUCUCUGCAGUUUGCUGCGUAUGGGCCCUAUGCAUUUCAGCAGCAGCAGCAGCAGCAGCAGCAGGGGCAGCAGCAGCAGGAGCAGCAGCAGCAGGAGCAGCAGCAGCAGGAGCAGCGAUGAGAGAGAAGCUAGAUGCAGCAGCAGAGAUGAAAGUAGAGCAGCAAUUGCUGCUAAUAGCUGCAGGGGUUUUAGGAGGAGAAGGAGACGACCUCGGGUUCGUGGUGCUGCUGGGGGGUUGCGGCAGCUGCUGCUGCAGCAGCAGCAGCAGC